AUGGUGGAGUCUAACACGCAACCCAGCUGCGGGAAGAGAGCGCAGCUCAUCCCAGAGAUCCCAGAGGGCUUGAAUGAUCCGCUUCCCUACCUAGCCAGAGCCAUGCAGCUUGCUCAUCCUUUCAGCGACCAGAGCACGCUGAAAGAGGACCACCGGGAAGUGCUAGCGAUUGGGCAGGCGCGCAAGAGCAGCGGUGAUGGAACACCUAGGGAACCAGUUCGGGUUGAAGACAAGAUCACCCUGGAAGAGUUCAUCGCCACGGCGCCAAAGAGGCGCAAGGACAGCUUGAAGCGAGUGAAGCUCAUGGCCGAGUCAGGGUCGCCUGAGCUGGCACAAGCCAUAUGGGGCAAGACCAUGAAAGAGGUCACUGGGGGAACAUGCGGGCAGCCGCCAGAAGAGUGCGGCUUCCUUGCCUUGGGCACCCCUAUCGGCACGCCUGCUUAUGUCCAAGCGGCCUCGGCAGACCGCGUGCGUCGCCAAGCCGACUUCCUCCGCGAGCUCCCGCACCUGCCUGACUUGCAAGCCGCCUGGCUCCUGCUCACAUAUUGCGCCGCGCCCCGGGCCCAGCAUCUGCUCCGUACUGUGCCCCGUACUCUGUCUGCCACGGCUGCGGCGGCGCACGACGAGGCCGUCUGGGAGACGCUGGCCCGGCUGCUUCAAGAGCCGGCCUCCACGGCCUUACCUCUUUCCUCCCGGACCCUGGCUUUCCUACCAGCCCGAUUGGGCGGCCUAGGCCUCUAUUCCUCCGACAACGCGUGCCGGCUCUUGCAGAGCAGCUUACCGCCAUCCUUUCUACCGCUGCUGCCUCCGGGACAACGUGCCUCCACGAAGCAGCCGCGUGCGGGACACAUCUCGAUGCCCAAGGCUGGACUGCGCGACCUCCCUGGGACAUCCUUCUCUCUGGUCCCGGCGCCCCGCCGCCCCUCGACGAAGCAGAGCCCGGCCUCUUUCGGCACGGCUGGCAACAACCCGCAGCGCUCGUCCUUCAUACCGCACGCGCGCGAAGUGAUGCCUCCCCUCGCGCAAGCUGAGCAAGCUCUCCUCCGCUCCCAGUCGGGGCCCCACGCUGCAGCAUGGCUCACUGCCAUCCCGACGGAUCCCGGGACGACCUUGUCUCCCGAAGAAAUGCAGGUGGCCUUGCGACGCCGCCUCCGCCUCCCCUUGCCCCUAGCCUCGCGCCACUGCGGCGGCGAAAGGGGGUAUGGUUGCGGCGCCCCCUCGGACCCCUUCGGGGACCACGCAACCGCUUGCCAUCGCACCGGCCUGCUAGCCUUGUCCUCGGCGCCGAAACGGGGGGGGCGCUGGAGCCGCGACUGCUUCUCCCUCAUGCGCAUCUUGCUGACUGCCCGAUCGCGCCGCACGCCGUCCCUAGUGCGCCGGGCCAUGUGCUCUGGGUGGCAGCGGCGCUGGUGGGCGCUCUUCGCCUGUGCGGUGCAGCGUGCCGUGGCGAUGAGCGCCACCUCUACGCCUGCCACACCCCCUUGCCCCCUGGCCAUCCUCUCUCUGGCUGACUUCGCGGGCCCCAGCAUUGGGGAGGCUCCCGUCCGGGUGGGGACGGAGGACAUGAAAAACGCCUACAGGCAGAUCCCGCUCCCUGAUGGCCAAGUUGCAAUUUCCAUCACUGCAAGAGCUGCAUUCGGCGCAGGUCACUCAGUGCCAAACUUCCAUCGUGUGGCCGGGUGGAUUCAGAGGACCUUGGUCCGGGCCUUCCGGCUUCUCUUAGACCACUUCUUCGACGACUUCUACUAUGUGGUCACCGAGCAGGAGGCCACCAUAGCAACCUUAUGCUUGCGGGAAGGAUUCAAGCUCCUGGGUUUCCAGCUGGACAGUGAUAAAUCGCAGGUUCCCUCUGCCGUGGCCGAGGUGUUAGGACCCCAUCCUACUGUGCCUGAACGGGGAGCAGAUCGAUGGGUGGUGGGCGCUGUCUUCAUACAUCUUGUCGUGCUCAGCUCCAUCGUGCCCACUUGGAUUCCCAAAGAAACUUUCACGGGCCAGCUGGAGCUUCUGGCAUGCCCGGUAGCCCUGGCUACUUGGCCAAACAUCCUGAGAUCGGCGGCGGUCAUUCACUUUGUUGAUAACGACUCCGUCAUCCCAGGCUUUCUCCCCACCUCGGAAGUUGCUGUUGAGUCCUAUGCAACCCAUGGACAAAAGCUCCCCAACAAGCAAUGGGAAGGCCUUUUGGUGGGUGAGGGGGCUAUGCACAAGAUGAGCUCUGUCCAGGCUUCGCUCACCUGGAAGUUAGGUUCAACCUUGCCGGCAUCAGUGUCGGGGCCUGUGGGAAUUGGGCCCGGCAAUGUUACAGUGGAUUGCAACCCGUAUGAUGGCACCCGCUAUCUGACCUUUGGAAACGGCAAUGGCAUCACGUCCGGUGAGUGCUCUGCUAGCUGGGAUCUUCAUGAGAUUCAGCUUUGGGAUGAGAGGGGUGAACGGAUCACGGAUUUGACAGCGUCAACAGCUACUGGCCAUGGUGGACUUCGCUACAUUCCGGACAAAGCAAUUGAUGGCGACAGCGCUUCAUUCUUCGGAGGCGACCACGACAUUGGCAUGAGCUGCAGUUGCUGGGGAUCGCACAAAAAGGACGGACAGAGCAUCACGUUAGAUAUGGGCUCCACCAAGAAAGUCUCCAAAAUCAUGUUGUUGCAGGGUGGAGCUGGCAACGACUGGGCCGUUUCCAAGAUCCGCAUCCACUGUAGCAGUGGCAGCAGCCUACAGAACUAUCCCUUGCCGCUCGAUAUCUCCUUUGGCCAGACAGAUAUUGAAUGCAAUGCCAGUGGUUGUGUCGUCACUGGCAUGGACCCCGCUUACUAUCACACAUGUGAUUCAGCAAUCUCGAUUGCGUCUUCGCUCUACCUGAUCUGGAUUCUGCUGGGACCAGCUCUGCUUAGUUGA